AUGUCACAGCACGCGAGAGUUUGUUGGAUUGCUCUUGGUGGAAGGGGAAAUGUUGGUUCUACUGGACCCGCUUUGCCUUACCGGCUAGCCAUUAGGGUCGUUUCCCGAGUUCGUUCGUCGAUUCCUGCUCCUUCUGGUUUGCCUGCGGGAGUACCAGAAGAAAAAGAUAGGUUGCGAUCGGAUGGACUGUUGUUGCGAUCGCAUAAAGAUACUUUUCUCAUCCUGGUGAGUUUUUGGCACGAAAAAACUAUGAAGCGAAGCUGCGACCAAACAUGUGAUCGCAUGGAUAAAGCUGCUAUCGCAAGUACAGGGUAUGCGAUUGCAAGUCCUAAAUUUUGUCUCUUUUUCGAUCGUCAUUCCUCCUUCCAAGCUGUUCUUGAUCAUUCCUCAGCACCCUUCCUUGAUCUAGACUCCAGAUACGCCUCAAAGUAUCCACUAACACGUCCCGAAGUCACGUAA